AUGAGCGCCAAACGCUAUGCCUUCCUCCCUAUGGAGGAUGAGGCGGAGUCAUCGAAGGAGCCCUCGAAAAAAAGGAAGAAGACCGAAGAUGCGGCUUCACGGAAUAAGGCGGCGCUGCCUGAUAUUCGAGAGCGAUCGCGACAAGAAUACCUCAAGAAAAGAGAAGCCGAACGACUUGCUCUCUUGCGGAAGCAGGUUGCUGAGGAGACGGAUGAGUUGAGGAGCGGCGUGCGACUUUCGGAGAAGGAGAAGGCCGAAUUUGCCAAGAACAGAGAGAUCCUGCGCCUGGCCGAAGAACGACUUAAUAUUGAUGACCAUCGAGAUGGAUACUACAUGCCUGAGGACUACAUCACCGAGAAGGGACGCCUCGAUCGUAAGAAGAAGGAAGAGGUACUCUAUAAGAAGCACAUUGAAAGAGACCAAUUCGGACGGGAGAAAUUCGUUACUGAGCAUGAAGAAUGGGAACGGGAACAAACCACAAAGGUGAAAGCGCAAAUCCAGCGCGCCGAAAGAGAGAACGAUGAUUACGACUUUCUUAUGGACGAAUCACAGUAUAUUCAGUGGAAAUCGGAUGCGAGAAAAACCGACGAUGGUCGAACAUUGACCAAAGAACAACAAGCCCUGAAUGCGCGGAUCGACGAAGCCGAGAAGAAGGCGCUGUCAAUACAGGAGACGCGAAAGAGUUUGCCCAUUUACCAAUAUCGAGACGAGUUUCUCGCUGCACUGGAGAAGUACCAAAUUCUUGUCAUUGUCGGAGAGACUGGUAGUGGAAAGACGACUCAGCUACCUCAAUACCUCCACGAGGCGGGUUAUACCAAGAACGGCAUGAAAGUGGGAUGUACACAACCUCGGCGAGUGGCCGCCAUGAGUGUAGCAGCUCGUGUGGCCGAUGAAGUAGGCGUCAAAAUCGGUAGAGAGGUCGGAUACACGAUCCGAUUCGAGGACUGCACCAGCGACAAGACCAUCCUCAAGUAUAUGACUGAUGGAAUGUUAUUACGAGAAAUCAUGACAGACCCAGAACUCUCGUCGUAUUCAGCGCUGAUGAUAGACGAAGCUCACGAACGCACAGUACAUACUGAUAUCCUCCUGGCGCUACUCAAGGAUCUCUCGAGAGCGCGACCUGAUUUGAAGCUGCUGAUUUCGUCAGCUACCAUGAACGCCGAGAGGUUCGCACAGUAUUUCGACGACGCCCCCAUCUUCAAUAUUCCUGGUCGACGAUAUCCAGUCGACAUUUACUAUACACCCGCUCCCGAAGCGAAUUAUCUGACCGCGGCCAUCGUAACAACAUUCCAGAUUCACACAACACAACCCAAGGGUGAUAUCCUAAUUUUCUUGACCGGACAAGACGAGAUUGAAGCCGCUGAGCUUGAACUUACCCAGACAGCAAAAAAGCUCGGCAACCGCAUUAAGGAACUUGUCAUCUGCCCAAUUUACGCAAACCUACCGUCCGACUUACAGGCAAAGAUCUUCGAACCAACACCAGAAGGAGCUCGCAAGGUCGUAUUGGCCACAAACAUCGCCGAAACGAGUUUAACCAUUGAUGGAAUUGUCUACGUUAUUGAUCCUGGUUUUGUCAAGGAAAACGUUUACAACCCCGCCACCCGUUCGUCUAACUUGGUUGUUGUUCCUUGCUCGAGAGCAUCUGCAAACCAGCGAAGUGGUCGAGCCGGUCGUGUUGGCCCAGGAAAGUGUUUCCGUCUAUACACAAAAUUCGCAUACAUGAACGAAAUGGACGAAUCAACUACACCAGAAAUCCAGCGAACAAACCUGAACGGUGUUGUGCUUCAACUGAAGUCCCUGGGCAUCAAUGAACUGCUUGAUUUCGAUUUCAUGGAUCCUCCGUCUAAAGACUCUCUUAUUGGCGCUCUGAAUCAGUUAUAUGCUUUGCAAGCGUUGAAUCGUCAUGGGGCAUUGACCAAAGUUGGCCGUCAAAUGGCCGAAUUCCCUACAGACCCUUUGCUAGCCAAGGCUGUGUUGGCUGCCGGCAAGGAAGGUUGCGUCGAAGAGGUUCUGUCCAUUGUAUCGAUGCUUGGUGAAGCUUCCACGCUGUUCUUCCGACCCAAGGACAAGAAGAUUGAAGCAGACAGCGCCCGAAACCGAUUCACCAUCAAGGAUGGAGGUGACCACGUCACACUCCUCAACAUCUGGACCCAAUGGGUUGACAGCGGCUUCUCCCCCAUCUGGGCGAAGGAGAACUUCCUUCAACAACGGACUCUCACAAGGGCACGUGACGUCCGUGACCAACUGGAAAAGCUAUGCGAAAGGGUCGAAGUUGCGUUGUCUUCGUGUGGUGCCUCCAACCUUACCCCCAUCAAGCGAGCCAUCACAUCGGGGUUCUUCGUCAACGCUGCACGGCUGCAGAAGAGCGGCGAUGGUUACAGGAUGGUCAAGACCAACACAUCCAUGUGGAUACACCCAAGCAGUGUCAUGAUGUCCGUCGACCCCCCGCCGAAGAUGGUUAUUUAUUUUGAGCUCGUGCAGACGACCAAGGAUUAUAUGCGCAGUGUGAUGCCUAUCGAACCUAAGUGGUUAGGGGAGUUAGCACCGCAUUUUUAUAAAAAGGAUGAUAUGGAGGACUUAGUGGCCAAGAAGAUGCCGAAACAAAGGACAUAUAACUAG